AUGCACAAGUUAUUAAUUGCGCUGUUGGCUCUAUUUGCUGGAGCCACUGCUGCCUCUCACCAACAGCAGCCGAUCCUCUUGCAAAACGACCAACAACAUGAAAACGACCUGGAAUUCAAAUACUCUAGACUUCCCCAAGUCGAUGCAUGGACUGUUCUAACAAACUCAAAGUUCCCAACGUACUCUGUGCGUGUUAGAGAACGCAAGGGCGAAAUAUGUGACGAUGUCAAGCAGUAUUAUGGUUACCUCGACGUUGAUGAAUCUGGUGGAAAGCAUCUCUUUUUCUGGUUUUUUGAAUCAAGAUCCAACCCAAAGAAAGAUCCUCUUGUUCUCUGGCUCAAUGGAGGUCCUGGCUGUAGCUCUCUCACUGGUUUAUUCAUGGAAUUGGGUCCCUGCAGAGUCAACGAGGGCGGCAAUGGAACAACCAAGAACCCUUACUCUUGGAACAAGAAGACAAACAUCUUCUUCCUUGAUCAGCCGGUAAAUACUGGGUAUUCUUACACUGAUGGCGAUGGCAAGGAGGUCGACACUUCAAUUGCCGCCGCUGUUGAUGUAUAUGCCUUUUUGCAAUUAUUCUUGCAAAAGUACUCUCAAUACGCCAAACUGGACUUCCAUCUCUUUGGAGAGUCGUACGGAGGUCACUACGUUCCCGCGAUUGCCGAACUCAUUGAUCAAAAUAAUGAUGGCGCCGAGGUUCCAAUCAACUUGAAAACUCUGGGCAUCGGAAACGGCUUGACAGACCCUCUCGUACAGUACAAAUAUUAUGCAGACAUGGCCUGCGACGAUAAAUAUGGCAAGUCUUUAACCGACGAAGAGUGUGACACGAUGAGGUCUAAAUAUGGCACUUGCUCGUCCUUGAUCAAGCCCUGUUAUCAAUUUCAGAAUGCGUUUUUUUGCGCACCCGGAGCACUGUACUGUAAUCAAGCCAUGCUCUCGCCGUUUCAGCAAAGUGGUCGAAAUGUCUAUGAUGUCCGAAUGACUUGUAGUGCUCUUGACUGUUAUCCAAUUUUGAAGGACAUUGAGGCCUUUUGUAACCGUCCAGAUAUUCAAGACAUGCUUGGUGUACCUGAACGUCAAUACGUCGGCUGCAACCAAAACGUUAAUCUUCGUUUCCUGACAGCUGGUGACUGGAUGCGACCAUAUCAACGUGCUCUGCCUCCUCUUUUGGAAAAAGGCAUCAAACUAGUUGUUUACGCAGGGGACGCUGAUUACAUCUGUAAUUGGAUUGGAAAUAAAGCAUGGAUGAUGGAGCUUGAAUGGUCUGGACAGGAAGAAUUCAACGCAGCCUCUGAUUUACCUUGGACUUCAUCGUUGACACAGAAGGAAACAGGCGAGUAUCGCACGUUUGGUCCACUCACGUGGCUCAAGAUUUACGAAGCAGGUCAUUUGGUACCUUACGAUCAACCUGCUGCUGCUUCGGAUUUCUUUGAAAGCUGGAUUGAAGCCUCUCGGGACUAA